CUCACACUUCCACUCUGUCACGCACCCACCAUUCUCCACUCCCCUCUCUCUCUUCCUCAUUCCCUCCCUCCCUCCCUCCUUGCUGUACCACGUUUUAUAUCUCUCUCUAGAAACCCUUCUCUGCUCUUCCCCUAACAUGGCUGCUUUAGCUCUUGCAGUGCUUCUUUUGGCUUUCAGUGGCACUUCAAGUGCCACGUGGUGCGUUUGCAAGGACGGAAGCGACGCGAUCCUUCAGAAGACCUUGGACUAUGCUUGUGGAGCUGGUGCUGAUUGUAACCCUCUCCAUCUAAACGGGCCUUGUUUUCAACCCAACACCGUUAAAGCCCACUGCAACUAUGCCGUUAAUAGCUAUUUCCAAAAGAAGGGUCAAGUGCAAGGGUCAUGCGAGUUCGCAGGAACAGCCUCUGUUACUACAUCUGACCCAAGCACUAGCGGUUGUGUCUACCCUGCUAGUGGCAGUGCUUCAAGCACAACCCCAGUGACAACUACACCAACCAUGGGCACUACUCCUACGACUGGAACUCCAUCAACAAGCACUGGCACUGGUUCUACAACCACCGGCACCACCGGCACCACCCCAUACAGCACAACACCUGGAGUAUUAGGAGGGAUUGGCAGUGGUAUGGGACCUUCAGGAUCUGGUAUGAGCAAUGAUGAUAGCCACGCUGGACAGAGACUUGUUGACAGUAGUAGUUUGUUCUCAGUCACCCUCUUUUCUGCCUUUAUCAUGUUCUUGUGGGGUUGAGAACAAAAGUGAAAAGCCAUGACUUUGGCCUUGGUACAUGGUGGAUAUGUCAUCACUGUAUGAAUGUGAAUGUUAUUUUCUAGGUGUUGAACUUGGGACAUUUAGUUUUUUUGGGUUUUUUUUUUUUAUAAUAUUUUUCUUCACCUUCCGCAAGUUCUUGGGUUUAAAAGGGAUGGGCUUUUGAUUAAUUAAUUGGAUUUGGUAAGAAUUUGGCUCCACUUGAAGAGGCUCCUCCUACUUUGUACGAAGAAGUACAUAACGUUGCCAAUGAA